CAGCUCAGCUCUCUCUUUCCCUCCCUCUCUCUAUAUACCCGCCGGAUUCCGGCGACAUGUUCGCCGGCGAAAAAUUCCGGGCCAGUUCUCUUCUAAUUCAGCGCUCGAGAUCUGGUGACAGUUCCGUCGGAAACAGAAAUUUUAUCGGGGAAUCUCGAUCGGACCAUUCCUCUUUGUCGUGCAUAAACAAGAGGUUUCAUAAGUUAAUCAAGACCGGGUAUCUAUAUGGGUUGAGGAAACACUUGGGGAUCACUGAGCACUGGGUAUACUUGGUUUGUGAUCCAAGGGGGUGGGAGGCAUUCGACCCCACGAGACAAAAAUGGAUGGCACUUCCAAAGAUACCUUGCGACGAGUGUUUCAACCAUGCUGACAAAGAAUCAUUGGCAGUUGGCAAUGAGCUGCUGGUUUUCGGUCGUGAGUUGUUCGACUUUGCAAUUUGGAAGUAUAGCUCGGUCAGCCGCAUCUGGACCAAGUGCGAUGGAAUGAACCGGCCACGUUGUCUGUUCGGGUCAGGAAGCUUCGGUUCGCUUGCUGUUGUUGCAGGUGGCAGUGACAAGAACGGCAAGAUCUUGCAAUCCGCUGAGCUGUAUGACUCCUCGACAGGCAAAUGGGAGAUGCUCCCCAACAUGCACUCGCCACGUAGGCUCUGCUCGGGUUUUUUUAUGGACGGCAAGUUCUAUGUGAUCGGAGGGAUGUCGGGUCCCACAGCAUCGUUGACCUGUGGGGAGGAGUAUGACCUAGAGACCAGAAAAUGGAGGAAGAUCGAAGGGAUGUAUCCUAAUGUCAAUAAGGCAGCUCAGGCGCCUCCCUUAGUCGCAGUCGUGAAUAACCAGCUGUACGCGGUCGAGUAUCUAACUAACAUGGUGAAGAGAUACGAUAAGGAGAAGAACGCUUGGAACGUCCUGGGUAGACUUCCGGUGAGAGCAGAUUUGUCCAACGGUUGGGGUCUGGCUUUCAAGGCUUGUGGCGAGCAGCUGCUGGUUGUGGGCGGGCAGAGGGGACCCGAAGGCGAAGGUAUUGUUCUCAACUCAUGGCGUCCUGAGUCUGGGGUGAAUAAUGGUACCUUGGAUUGGAAGGUAAUUGGUGUGAAGGAGAAUGUUGGGGUGUUUGUUUACAACUGUGCUGUUGUUGGGUGUUGA